AUGCUUAGUCAAAGUUUGGAAAGAUGUGGGAAAAGUUGUAGGCUAAGAUGGAUAAACUACUUGAGACCUGAUUUGAAGAGAGGAAUGUUUUCACAACAAGUAGAGGAUUUAAUUAUCAGUCUCCAUGAAGUUUUGGGAAACAAGUGGGCUCAGAUAGCAGCUCAAUUGCCAGGAAGAACAAACAAUGAGAUAAAGAAUUUUUGGAAUUCAUGUUUGAAAAAGAAGCUGAUGAAGCAAGGAAUUGAUCCAGCAACUCACAAGCCAUUGGAGGAAAACAUGGAAGCCAUUAAAGAUGAGAAGAAGAACAGUACUUAUAAUAACGAGAAGCCAAAAAUGGAAGCUAUUCAUCAUCAUCAUCAUCAUCUUCAUGGAAAUAUUUCCAAGAUCAACGAAGAAUCAUCACAGCAUUUUGUUAACAAGAUUGAAUUUGAUUCUCUCAGCUCUUACUUAAACGGUGAAAACAACAACAACAACAACAAUGGAGGUGGAUUUUUAUGGGAAUCUGAGAACAAGCUCGAGAAUUUGUUAGAGUUUCAAACAAAUCAAAUGAAGAACUUGGAAUUCAAAGGAAGUUCUUCUAUUGAAGAAUCAAAGAUCAUUCAAAAUCAAAUAAAUUCAGCAACUUUUGGAAGCUAUCAUCCUUUAAUGUCAAUGUCAGAAAAUGAAAGAGCAGGAAGUUUUGGAAUCGUUCAUCACAUAUGA